CACAUGUGCGCACAGGUGAGAGGAGAAGAAACAGACGAACAUGUCUGCAGACGACGCGAACCCCAGAGCCAUAGCUGAGGACAUCAAGAGGAAAACUAAGGAGGUUCUACAGAGCAGAGAACAUGCCAACAACAUCACAGAUAUUCUAGAGACGGCACAGUCUGAUGAAGAUGUGGUGACGGCCGCCAGCCUCUCAGCUCUGCAGAAAAUCUUCAGCACCCUGCUGGGGAGGAAGGAGGUGUACAGGGGCAAGCUGAAGGGGUCGGAUGAAGAGCUCGCUGACCCAAAGAAGCAGUACAGCCGUUGGCUGGGACAGUGUUACAUAGACGCACUGGAGAUUCUGCUGCACAGACUGGCUCAUCAUGACAACUCAGACAUUAAGGAGUUAGCCCUACUGGCCCUGUUGAAGUUGGUAUCAGCUGAGGGGAAACACCCGACCUCCAAGUCUGGGGGAGACCAGUCCAACUUCCCUCUCAGGCUCUUCCAGCUCAUCAUUGACAAGCUCAUGUCAAGCGAGGCAGACCAGAGCACUGUGAUUGGUCGGUUCCAGGACUACUUUCAGUACGAUGACAUCAGACUGUUCACCUUCGUAUCACUCCACAAGAACCUCAGGACUGUCACCAAGGAGUUCACACGGCAACCCCCUGACACGUACCUGCAUAACGUGCACACCCUGCUGACUCAGGUACAGAUGCCGGGGGAGGGGGGUGAUCUCAGCAAUCUGUAUGUGUCACCUACAGACCCAGAAGCAGAGUGCAGACCCAAACAGCUAAAGGAGCAAAGAAGAGCAUUCACAAAUGCCUGGUUGAGUUUCUUGAAAAACAAGCUGCCCAGCAGCCUGUACAGACAGGUGCUGUUGACGUUAGACCAGGCUGUCAUCCCCCUCAUGUCCAGCCCCAAACUGCUCAUCGACUUCCUGACUCAGUCAUACAACGUUGGCGGAGCUAUCAGUCUUCUGGCACUGAACGGACUGUUUACACUCAUCUACAAGCACAACUUGGACUACCCAGACUUCUUCAGGAAGCUGUACGCCCUGUUUGAGCCGUCCGUGUUCCAUGUGAAGUACACGGCGAGAUUCUUCCACCUGGCUGAUGUGUUCCUCACAUCCACCCACAUCCCAGCCUACCUGGCAGCAGCCUUCAUCAAACGGUUAUCCAGACUGUCCCUGUCGGCUCCCGUCUCAUCUCUCCAAAUGGUCCUGGUGUUCAUCUCCAACCUCCUGAGGAGACACCCCAACUGUCAGGUCCUGGUGCACAGGAGCAGUGGGGAAGGACUUGGUUCCGACCCCUAUGACGAGAGUGAGCCUGACCCAGCCAAGUGCAAGGCCAUGGACAGUUCUCUCUGGGAGGUUAAGUCUUUCCAGCACCAUUUCCACCCUGACGUAUCCCAGGCUGCAUUGCUGCUAGGAAAGCCGCUGGCACCUCUGGAAGAAGACCUGUCUCAACACCUGGAGCUGUGCACUAGUGAGAUGUUUGAGAAGGAUCUCACCACAAAGUCUGACCAGGUCCCACUGGAGUUCCAUGUACCAAAAGGACUGUUCGGGCCUAAAGACCAGUUCCACAACAUCUGGGACACAGAGCCACCAACUAAGAAACAUAAAACUGUCACUUCUUAAAAGAUAAUGUAAAGUAGAAUCUUGUGUCUGUAAAAGAAAACUCUUUAUUCAUUGAUGAAGAUUAGACAUCUAGGUAAUAAGAUAUGCCAAAAAGCAGUUACUUAAGCAACUGGAUAUCAUAUCCAGUUGCUUGAGUAACUGCUUUUUGGCAAAACUCUUUAUUCUUUAGCCAUCCUUUUGUAAUGUAACUUCAAUAAAUAUUAUAAAGGAUA